AUGUCAAAUAAUUAAGAGUUUAAGCCUCUUAGAGAGCAAGCAAAAGAGAAAAAUGAAAAAUAUGAAAAGAUCAGAGAAAGAUAUGAAUAAAGAGGGCCAAAUAAUAAUAACAGCAAUUAGAAGAAAGAAGACUAGAAGAUGUAGAAUAAUUUGUACAUGCUAAGUCUUAUUUAUCUUUAUAAAAAUUAUAUACUUUUUGGAAAACACAAUUCCCGUGCCAAAACCAUCGUGACCAUUGAAGACAAAGAAAAAGUUGAAGUAAGUCUUGUGAAAUAGUCAGAUUAAGCAGUAUCCUUAAAGCUAAAUAAUAAAGUGUAAGUCAGAGCUAAAAAGAUUUCUGAGUCAAACAAUAGCAAGGAAGAUAAUAACUUAAAUAUAAAAAGGGAAAGGAGUGAUUCAUAAAAUGCAAUAACAAAAUAAGAUUCUUCAUCUUCCUAAAAAAAGAUAAAACCUAAUGAUUCCUAGUAAGAUGAAUCUAAGCCAUCAGCUGUAGAGCCAAAUAUUAGCAAAAAUGAUAGCAAAGAAGCACCUAAAAAAGAAGUAAAAAAUCUAGCAGCAGUUUUGGGAUACUCUUCAUCAUCUGAUUCUGAAUGA